UGCGGCUCAUGGCGACCAUGGAGCACCCGCACAUUGUGCAGUUCGUCGGCGUGGCGUGGGAGUCGCUGAGCGACCUGUUCUGCGUGACCGAGUUCAUGGCCGGCGGCGACCUGCGCUCGCUGCUGAGGGAGUACCUCGCUGCGGGCGUCCGCCAGGGGAUGGAUGCCAGCAAGGUGCGCAUCGCCUACCAAGUGGCGUACGCGCUGACGUACUUGCACUCGCUGGAGCCCGUGGUGCUGCACCGCGACCUCAAGUCACGCAACAUCUUGCUGACGGAGGCACUGGACGCCAAGAUCACGGACUUCGGGGCCUCGCGCAUCCGCUCUGACGCGACCAUGACCGCCGGCGUGGGCAGCUCGCUGUGGAUGGCGCCCGAGGUCAUGCUCGGCAAACGCUACGGGGAGAAGGCGGACGUGUUCUCGCUGGGUGUGGUGAUCUCGGAGCUGGACACGCACGAGCUGCCGUACUCGCACGCGAAGGAGGAGGGCGGCAGUGGCACCGGCGGCGGCGGCGGCGGGCGGCCGCUCCCGGACACGGCGGUGCUGCAGAUGGUGUCGCUGGGCAAGCUGCGCGUACGCUUCUCGGCGUUCAUGGACCCGGACAUGGCUCGCUUCGUGGGCAGCUGCGUGAGCAUGGAGCCCAGCGAGCGCCCCACGGCGGCCGAGGCGCUGUACUACCUGCAGGUGGCGGCCCGCAACGCACAGUACUGAUCGGCCGAGCUGAACCAAGGUAGAGCAAUUGAUUUCCAAGUUGAAGUUGUCGGAACAACUCGUAUAAUUUUCACGCACUAACGAACUGAGCAAGCCAGCCUUGUAGCUUGAGGUGGUCGUGCAUGGUGACCACAGUCGUGAUGCCAUGGGUGUGUUCUUCCCGACCGGCAGCAGGUUAGGAAAGCGGUCGUUGCUUCAGGUUACAACCGGUAACUGUCGGGAAUUUCGCCAAUGCACGUCUCUGUUGUCCAUCUGUUGGCGCGGCAUGGCUCGAUGAUUCGCUAGGCCUUCUGCGACGCUACGCUUGCAGCAGGCAUCCCUGCCCUGUGUAUUCCGACUCCCCCCCCAGUUAUCAGCGCAGCCCUCCACCGCGUGCACUCAUGCUGGCCGCCGUGGUGGUGUCCUGCGUGCUGCCGCUGCUGGCGGCGGCGCAGAACGACGAGGUCUCGUACUCGGUGAGUCUCAGCACGGGCACGCUCAUCGCGAUCGUCGCUGGCUGCGUCGCGGUGCUCUUGGUGUUCACCUGCUGCUGCUGCUGCAUGCGGAAGCGCCGAAAGGCCAAGCGCCAGCGAGAGCUGCAGGCCGCGGUGGCCGCCGCUAUAGUCAACACGCCCAAGGCCAACGACUCGCACGCCAUUGACGUGCCCUACGAGCAGGAGCGGCAGCACAACACGGGCUCCACCUACACCGACUCCACCAGGCACCCGAACUGCAACGGCACCGGCGCCUCCAUCUACGGAGGUGACCAGUACUCGUCCACAGGGCCGUCACACCGCAGUGGCGGAGGCAGACACUCGUCGAGUCUCUGGGACGACCCGGUGAUCGUCGCUGCGCGGAUCCCCGUCGACCGCGUCGAGCUCGGCGAGCUGCUCAGCCGCGGCGGGUUUGGCGAGGUCUACCGCGGUCGGUACCGCGACCAAAAUGUCGCCGUCAAGACGCUGCUGCCAUCGACCAGGAAGGACAUGAACCACAUCGAAGCGUUCUUGUCCGAGAUCAAGCUCAUGGCGACGAUGGAGCACCCCCAGAUUGUGCAGUUCAUCGGUGUGGCCUGGGAGUCGCUCAGCGAGCUGUACGCCGUCUCGGAAUUCAUGGAGGGCGGCGAUCUCCGCACGCUGCUGAUAAAGUACUACGAGAACGACCACCCGAGGGGCUUCGACCCUGCCAAGAUCAAGAUGGCGCUGCAGGUGGCGCAUGCACUGACCUACCUGCACUCUCUGGAUCCCGUCGUGCUGCACCGCGACCUCAAAUCACGCAACAUUCUGCUGACGGAUUCCUUAGACGCUAAGAUCACGGACUUCGGAGCAUCUCGAGAACGGUCGGACAAGACCAUGACUGCUGGAGUUGGGACGAGCUUCUGGAUGGCGCCCGAGGUCGUUUUGGGCGAGCAGUAUGGCGCGAAGGCGGACGUGUUCUCGUUUGGCGUCGUGCUCUCAGAAUUGGACACGCACGAACUGCCCUACUCGCACGCGAAGGAGAACAGCGAGACAGGCAGACCUCUGCCCGACGCGGCGGUGCUGCAGCUUGUGCUUAUGGGCAGGCUACAAGUGCAGUUCUCCGACGUCGGCCCCACGGAGAUGACGCAGCUGGCGCAACAGUGUCUGCAGAUGGAACCCGAGGACCGCCCCACAGCUGCGGAGGUGCUGUACCGGUUGCACACGAUCUCGAAGGCGUACCCGAGCAGCUACUCGCUUUAAGCUGUUCGCGCCGCCGUAGAUUAAGCUUUACUGUAGUAAAUUUACUUCAAGGACAAUAGGUAUUCGCCCCUUAUCGCACGAAACAUGCUUCAAGGACGCUGUUGCGAGUGAACUGAGAACCGGGCGCAUGACGUCGCAGUGGCGGGAAGCGGAAUGGAAUGAGCGUUUAUAAAAACAAAACACUUUGGGGCUUUCAACUAACAAAACUUCAGAUUUCAAGGCUACGUAGUGGUGCUCUACAGGAAGAGCGCAGCCGUGGCAACGAGGGCCGAGCCCAGCAGGGCGGCCGAAGGGCCCACAGCCACGCCGGCGCUGGAGCCGCUCGAGGUGUCGUCCGCAGCGCUGGACGCGCUGGCCGCCGAAUCCGCCGUACUCGAGGAGGAAGGCGCCUCCGUGGCGGGGGUCUGGGUCUCGAUGUCGAGGCUGCCCGAGUCCGAGUCGCCCACAAUCACGUCGUCGUCCGAGCUGGCCGAAGACGUCGUGUUGGCGGGGGCCGCAGUCACCUCGACGGCGCUGUCGAGCGAGGCCGAGGACGCGCUGCUGGUGGCGACGCUCUCGGAGCCGGCCGAAGCGGAAGUCGACGUGGCGGCGGCGGACGCAGCAGUGGACGUCGACGAAGCGCUCGUGCUGGCCGAAGCGGCCGUGGAGGAGCUCGAGGCGGAGCUGCUGCAUUCCGUCAUCACGGGCGUGAUCAGGUCCGAGUAGAGCGCGAAGGUGCCGACGGUGCACUCCUCCGGGAACAUGGUGGUGAGGUCCUUCAGCACGGUCUGGCACGCGGUGUUGCUGCACAUGGUGGCCAUCUCGGCCUUCGUCGGCGUCUUGAGCGAGGACGGAGAGUACCCGGAAGCGCUGGCGCACGGUGACCUCAGUUGACGUCAGCAGCGCCGUCACCGAGGCGGUGUCACAGGUGGCGGCG